GGCGGAGCCGGAAAGCGCUCUCUUCGGAGGGAAGGCUGCUGUGGGGAAGCCCUGUCCCUCGGGGGACCUCCCAGCUUCUUCUGAGCCCGAAGGGAUGGUCACAAAGCCAACCUUCACUGAGCUCGCUUGUGGGUGAAACGUGUUGCCAGGCUACACCAACCAUCUUUUCAGCAAAACCAAUCCAGCAUAAACCAGAGAUGGUCAUUAGCCAGCCUGUUCCCAUAUCAGACAAUGGGAAAAGAAAAAAGAAAAAAAGAACGAGAGCUACAGACCAUUUCCCUGGAAGGUUUGAAGAUCUGUACAAACUCACUGCAGAGUUACUUGGUGAAGGAUCAUAUGCCAAGGUUCAGGGAGCAGUUAGCUUGCAGAAUGGGAAAGAAUAUGCAGUUAAGAUAAUCGAGAAGAACGCUGGGCAUAGUCGUAGUCGGGUAUUUCGGGAAGUGGAGACAUUGUAUCAGUGUCAGGGUAACAAGAACAUUUUGGAAUUAAUAGAAUUUUUUGAAGAUAAUGCAAGGUACUACCUUGUCUUUGAAAAACUGCAUGGAGGUUCUAUCCUGGCCCACAUACAAAAGCAAAAACACUUUAAUGAGAGAGAAGCCAGCAGGGUGGUAAGAGACAUCGCCUGUGCUCUGGAUUUCCUCCACACAAAAGGUAUUGCUCACCGAGACCUAAAACCUGAAAACAUAUUGUGCGAAUCUCCCAGUAAGGUGUCGCCAGUGAGAAUUUGUGACUUUGACCUUGGAAGUGGGGUAAAACUCAACAGCGCAUGUACUCCGAUCACUACUCCUGAGUUGACCACUCCAUGUGGUUCUGCAGAGUACAUGGCCCCCGAGGUGGUGGAAGUCUUCACAGAAGAAGCCACAUUCUACGACAAGCGCUGUGAUUUGUGGAGCUUGGGUGUGAUCUUGUAUAUCAUGCUCAGCGGGUACCCGCCUUUUGUGGGGAACUGUGGCGCAGACUGCGGCUGGGAUAGGGGAGAAGUCUGCAAAACUUGCCAGAGCAAGCUGUUUGAGAGUAUCCAGGAAGGCAAGUAUGAGUUUCCUGAAAAGGACUGGUCUCAUAUUUCCAGUGAGGCUAAGGAUCUCAUCUCAAAGUUACUGGUCCGGGAUGCCAAGGAGAGGCUUAGUGCUUCUCAGGUUCUGCAGCAUCCAUGGGUACAAGGUCAUGCUUCUGAAAGAGGACUGCCUACGCCACAGGUUCUCCAAAGGAACAGCAGCACAAAGGAGCUGACUCUCUUUGCAGCUGAGGCCAUUGCCCUAAACCGCCAGCUCUCCCAGCACGAGAAUCAGCUCAGUGAAGAGCAAGAGAGCAUCACUCAGGCCAUGUGCUCCAUGAAGCUUUCUCCCCCCUCCAAAUCCCGCCUUGCCAAACGCAGAGCCAUGGCUCAGGCCACGAAAAGCAGCGACUUCCAGCCUGACCCUCAUGCAGCCCUUUGAUGUACAUUUCCUGUUUGCCAGAGUUGGGGGGUCAGCUUUUGUAUGGUAAUUUUAAACAACUCAUGGGUGCAUCAGUGUUUUAAAAAAGACUUUUUUUCCAACAAAGUUUUCGAUGAAGUGAUUUAAGGGACUAUUUCCUUGGGAUUUUUAUUUUUAUUUUUUUAAUGAAUGUCUUGAAUUAUAUGAUGUUCUUAAAUGACAUUGCUGCUGUGUUACUGACAUAACAAACCACAUAAGGCAAUGUUUGCACACAGUGUUCUGUAACCAGAAGAUACCCUGUGAAUAGUGGAAAUAUGGCUUGGAGUUCAUAGGCUCCCAAAUGAGCUUAAAAUAGUUGCACAACACCAGAUCUCUACCUGCAGUCACCAAAUAAUUUUGUUGACCAUCCUUUAGGAAGCUUUGCCUAUCUGCAUUUUUAGCUUUCUUUGCUACAAGUUCUGAGUUUGAACUAAAUGUACAAACUUUGGUGGUCACUUUCUGUAGUACUUCUAACUUAUUAAGGGCCUUUACGUGCCUGGAUGUCUGCCCAUGUGACAUUCAGAAGGUUCAAAGCAUGUUUAUUUCAUGCAGAGAUAAUAUAUCAUCAGAAUUGGGUCAUUUCCACCCUCACACUUUUGGCUAAGAUCAAGUGUAACACCAAAAUAAUGUUUUGACCCUGUUACAGGUUACAUCUUGAAAACCGUUGUCAAAAAUGAAUUUUGAAAUCAGCCCUCGGGAUGUAAAUACUUCCUGUCCUUAGUAACGCCUUUUGUUGCUGGCAUUUCCAGGUGAUCUACUUUUGCAAUUGCUUGAAGCGAUGGGCUCAAUUCUUUAUAAACCAUUUCCCCAAGGAAUGUACCUUUUCACUAUGACCCUGCAGAAAAGAUCAAAACAUUACUGCCGUUGUGUGAGCACCACUGCAAAGCUACUUCUUCUUAUGGCGGUGGUCUACACAGAAAUGGGAAUGUCUUGAAAGCUUGUAAUUAUGUGCACUCAAGUGGCAUGCAGCACCGCGACAGUGCACUGCUUGUGCGGUCUGCUUUGUGUGUUUGGACAGGUGUUAGCAGUGAUGUCAAAGCUUCUAUGUGCCGUGCCACCGCAAGGAAGAGCUUCCUUCACAGUGCCCACAUCAUGACCGUAAUUUGGACUGGUCCUGAUCUGGGGAGUGAUGAGGUAUUGCCCUAGCUCCUUUCUUAGAUAUUUCCCCGGGCUGGCUAAACUAAUCCCAUAAUUGUUUGCUUCUUAAUUUUAAACUUCGUCACCUUGCCUUUUUUCAGAAUUGUUUUCACCAUCUCCAGCCACCUGAGGAGCACUUAAUUGUUUGCUUGGACAGUGGUCCUCCAGGUCAGCAACGUAAUUUCUAAGUGCAAUUUUGGUGAACAGUCGUUUUUAGUAAGCAGAAAGAUGUACCACUGAGAUGGGUAAACCAAUAUGGGGCUGCUCUUAAUUUGGGUCAUGGUGGGUUCUCGCUGUUGAAAUAUACAUUCCAUACUUAUUUACGGAUAUAUAGUUGAAGGUGGAGAAGAGUCUGUCUGCAGGGUUCGUAUACGCCAUUUUUGUAGCACACAUUUUCUCAUGAUCAUUUGUGACUUCUUACUUAGCUGUUGCUCUGCCUGCAACCCUUCUCAUAUUGUCUCAGAAAACAGAAUUGGUUUGGAAUAGGCUUGGAUCAUCUCAAGCCUUGCAGGCUCCAGUGCAAUGAGCUUUUGAGUGGGUUUGUGGCAAUAUAAGUGAUGGGAGUAACAUCAGAUAGUUUUUUUAAAUUAAGUAUACCACUGAGGAUUAAGUUGGUGGUUUGAAAAUAACCUGUGGUCCCACAAUAGUCAUAUUUUAACACAAAGCUAGUGACUUCAUCUCCACUAUCUUAAGAAGCCUUGCUUUAUUGGAAGUGCUAAGGCUGUUCACCUCAGGAAAUUCAAGUACUUUUUUAAUGAAGAAGAUUAUUUAAAUUUGCUUGUAGCUGUUGAAAAUUUAGGCCAGUGAAUUGUGAAAAGUGGGAAGAAUCGAACUUUUAAAAGAUCAGUUUUCAUGUUGAAGGAGCAUGAGAUGGAACAAAGUCAACAUGCUAGAAGGAUCUGAAUCGCAGUUAUCCUAACUCAGCCUGCCUAUCUUCACGUUUUGCCUUUAAAUAAAAGUUAUGUAUUUAUACGCUUUUAUUAUCACUGCACAUGAAGAAUGGCUACACUUAAGGUCUUUUAUACAUUGUACCAUUAGUGAAGGUUAUUAAUUAUAUUAUUAUAUACUGUGGUUUUUUAAUGUACUUUAAGCUUUUACAGUUUUAACGUGCUCCUUAGCUAAUGGUUUUUAAAAGGCAUUGGAAAACUCAGGAAGAAAUCUCCCUAUGUAUGUGACACAUUAAUUAAUAGUGUACUGAGAAUUAAACUUACCUCAUCUCUAAA